AUUUUGGAAGUGGUCCUUGUUGUGCUUAGUUUAGUUUUGGUCGGUGGGAGGUGGAACAGACGUGGCACGGUUUAAGACAUCAAAUACUUAGUUUAGUUUAUCCGAGAUUGAAUACAGACAUUUUUUGACUUGUUCCACCCUCUAAAAUGCUUUGCUACAUACAAAAAUACUUUUUUACCCCUCCACUCUUUAUACGAAGGGGUGUUUAUUCUGCGAUCCGCAAUAUCAGCUUCGGGUUGGCACGUGUCACCCCACGACCACACGUGGAGUGCAAAUCCCAUGACACGUACCGAAGUUCGUGCUGGGACCAGUUAGAAAAACCGCAGCCAAACUCGAGAGGCAUUCUCUCUUAUCUCAUCGAUCGAUCAAUCAAUCACCAGUUUCGUCUCCAACUCAAAUACCCAAAAUCAUUUCAUAAAAAAAAAAAAAAAAUCUUUUUUUGGGGGAGAAAUCUGAGUCUCAAAUUAAGCGAAGGCAAUGAGCACAGCAACUUUUGUGGAGGUGAUACUGGCAAUUCUCCUCCCUCCUGUUGGGGUCUUUCUUCGCUAUGGUUGCGGUCUGGAGUUUUGGAUCUGUCUGCUGCUGACCUUUUUGGGAUACAUACCUGGGAUUAUCUACGCCCUGUAUGUAUUAGUUGGAUGAUCAUAGUUUUUCUUUCCAUGGAAUGCUAGAUGUAUGAACGUAUGUUUUGAGACAUGACGUGGAGUUUAAUUAAUGUGAAUGUAUUAGUUUGCAUUUAAGUUUUUUUUUUGCCUCCUUUAAUUCUUUUCGACCCCUUGGAUUUGGAUGAACUUCACAGUUUGGUGUGUCCUCUAGUUAAGUAGUGAGGAGUAAAUCACAAACUAUUUGAACUUGUGUUUA